AAAAGAAAGAAAGAAAAAAAGGGGAAAAAAGAAAAGAGAGAAAAGGGGGAAAAAAGAAAGAAAGGAAAGGGGGGGGGGGAGAAAAAAAUCGGAUCAGGCCGAAAAAGAGAGAGAGAAAGAGAGAGGGAGAGAGAGAGGAGAGAGGGAGGGAGAGAGAGAGCGGGGAGAGGAGAGAGAGAGCGCGAGCGCGAGCGAGCGAGAGAAGAGAGGAGAAAGAGAGAGAGCAGAGAGCGAGAGGAGAGCGAGGUGUAGAGAAACCGAGGGGGAGAGAACCCGAGUGUGUGUAUGCGUGUGCGUGUGUGAGCGCGAGCGAGCUUGCGAGGGAGAAGAGCGAGAGAGUGCGAGCGAGAAAGAAUAAAAGGAAAGAAGAUUUUCUCUAUGUAUAUAAAGAUGGCCACGUUAGCAAACGGACAGGCUGACAACGCGAGCCUCAGUACCAACGGGCUCGGCAGCAGCCCGGGCAGCGCAGGGCACAUGAACGGAUUAAGCCACAGCCCGGGGAACCCGUCGACCAUUCCCAUGAAGGACCACGAUGCCAUCAAGCUGUUCAUUGGGCAGAUCCCCCGCAACCUGGAUGAGAAGGACCUCAAGCCCCUCUUCGAGGAGUUCGGCAAGAUCUACGAGCUUACGGUUCUGAAGGACAGGUUCACAGGCAUGCACAAAGGCUGCGCUUUCCUCACCUACUGCGAGCGUGAGUCAGCGCUGAAGGCCCAGAGCGCGCUGCACGAGCAGAAGACUCUGCCCGGGAUGAACCGGCCGAUCCAGGUGAAGCCAGCGGACAGCGAGAGCCGAGGAGGUAGUAGCUGCCUGCGCCAGCCCCCUUCACAAGAUAGAAAACUCUUCGUGGGCAUGCUCAACAAGCAGCAGUCCGAGGACGACGUGCGCCGCCUCUUCGAGGCCUUCGGGAACAUCGAGGAGUGUACCAUCCUGCGCGGGCCGGAUGGCAACAGCAAGGGGUGCGCCUUUGUGAAGUACUCCUCCCACGCCGAGGCGCAAGCCGCAAUCAACGCCCUGCACGGCAGCCAGACUAUGCCGGGAGCCUCGUCCAGUCUGGUGGUCAAGUUUGCCGACACUGACAAGGAGCGCACGAUGCGGCGGAUGCAGCAGAUGGCUGGCCAGAUGGGCAUGUUCAACCCCAUGGCCAUCCCGUUCGGGGCCUACGGCGCCUACGCACAGGCACUGAUGCAGCAGCAGGCGGCACUAAUGGCAUCAGUCGCGCAGGGCGGCUACCUGAACCCCAUGGCUGCCUUCGCCGCCGCCCAGAUGCAGCAGAUGGCGGCCCUCAACAUGAAUGGCCUGGCGGCCGCACCCAUGACCCCAACCUCAGGUGGCAGCACCCCUCCGGGCAUCACUGCACCAGCUGUGCCUAGCAUCCCGUCCCCCAUUGGGGUGAACGGCUUCACCGGCCUCCCCCCACAGGCCAACGGGCAACCUGCUGCGGAAGCUGUGUUUGCUAACGGCAUCCACCCCUACCCAGCGCAGAGCCCCACCGCCGCGGACCCCCUGCAGCAGGCCUACGCUGGAGUGCAGCAGUAUGCAGGUCCAGCCGCCUACCCUGCUGCCUAUGGUCAGAUAAGCCAGGCCUUUCCUCAGCCACCUCCAAUGAUCCCCCAGCAGCAGAGAGAAGGGCCCGAGGGCUGUAACCUGUUCAUCUACCAUCUGCCCCAGGAGUUUGGGGACGCUGAGCUGAUGCAGAUGUUCCUCCCUUUCGGCCGGCACCCUGUGCCCUCCCGCUGCCAGGCCCCCUCCUGUCAGGGAGGACAGUGUCCAAUAAACUCCUCCACCCGCAGGCUUCGUGAGUUUCGACAACCCGGCCAGCGCGCAGACCGCCAUCCAGGCCAUGAACGGCUUCCAGAUCGGCAUGAAGAGGCUCAAGGUGCAGCUGAAGCGGCCCAAAGACGCCAAUCGCCCAUACUGAGCGCCGGCGGGAGCGUCCCCCGGGGGAGACCAGGACUCGCACAGGGCCAGUCAAAUCCACCACAGUCUCGCGCUGAGCUAGGAAUAAAGUUCACGUAAUCACAUGAGAGUGGAGAAAACAGUCCCCCAUCCGGCAGGAUGCUGAACGGGCUACAUUAAAAAACAAACCUCUCUCUCUAUAUAUUUAUAAAUGAGAACUGUUGGAUGACACCUUUGACAUAUCAGCCAAUAUCAAUCAAGCUGAAGACUCCAGACACUUUCUGUGACUGUAACAUUUCUUCAAGGAAAGUAUAGCGUCUGUGGAGUUCAGAGGGCACGUGUUUGGGGGAAAAUAUAUAUGACCCAAGAAGAUGAAGAAAAAUGAGAAAAAAAAAAACACAAAAAAGGCAACUUUAAAACAAAAUAACUUGAGACCAGAUGGGGAGGCUGAAGGGCUGGGAAGUGGGAAGAGACGCUGCUUACCGAUCCCUGGGGCUUUUCCAGCCCGUGGGCGCCUGAGGCAGGCUGGGGCAAGCGGUGUGGCGGGGCUUGGUCCCCAGGGGGCGGCUGGGAGGCCGCUGCUGAGCAUCUCUAUCUGUCAUUCCUUUAGCUAUUUAGGGACCAAAGGACCAAACUUUUUAUUGCAGCUGUGUAGCUCUAUGUCAAAUAGAGGGGGAUGGAGGAGAACCUCCUUCCUGCCUCGUGGCUGUUCUUGAAACAGCUUAGAGCGAUUCUAUGAAAAAAUGUAAUAAAAAAAAUUUAAAAAAAAAAAACAAAAAAAAGCAAAAACAAAAAAAAAGGAAAAAUAAUGCUUCAAUGCUUUUAAAACAGCAAGAUAAUAGUUCUUUGAUACUUUGAGAGGCGCUUUGAUUACCCUCAUUCAAGUCUAUGACACUUUCCUAUGGUUUUCUGUAUUAUAUGUCUGGAUGGAGCUGUUAAGAUGAACAAAUUGGUGGAUAUUUGGGGAAAGCAACAAAAAUAUUAAAACUCAUUAACCGUGAAGUGUGAGGAAACAAGGAGGGGAAAAAAGGGACUUACAAGGCAAGAGAAUUGUUGUGAAAAGUCUGUAAAUGCUUCUAACUCUUCCCCCUCUUAAAAUCAUAAUAGUUGUACAGAAUUUUAAAAAAGGAGAAGUUUAAAAUACCUAUAUAAUAGAAGAAAAAUUAGAGGAAAGCAAAAAAUAAAAAAAAAAAGGAAAAAAAAA